AUGCCUUGCCAACACGGGUCUGACUCGGUUUCUGCUCAGUGCUUUCUUGUGACCCUCCUGGUAACACUGCUGUAUACAUCCUCUGAUGCCUGUGGUGAGCCACCAAGGUUUCAAAAUAUGAAAGUCAAUGGCGAUCUUAAAACCACUUAUGGGGCUGGGGAUCGAGUGCAAUACUCAUGUAGACCAGGAUACAGCGCUCAAACUCGUAAGAUCUUCAGUGUGUGUGGCACAGAUGGCCAAUGGUCACCCAUUUCGAAGGAUGUAUGUAUCAGAAAACGAUGUCCACAUCCAGGCGAACUUUCAAAUGGUAACAUAAAGUAUCUGAAUGAAAGCUUGGAGUUUGGUGCACAAAUUGAAUAUGUUUGUAAUCCUGGGUAUCAUUUAAUUGGUGAAAGAAUUCAAGAUUGCAUUAUUAUAGGAAAUGGUGUGCAGUGGAGCAAUGUACCCCCAGAAUGUAUAAAAGUUUUAUGUAAACCACCUCCAAAUAUAGAAAAUGGAGAAUUCUACCCAAAUCACGAUGACGUAUUUGAAUUUGGCGAAGUGGCAACCUACAAGUGUAAACGCGUAUCUGGCAAGGAUGAACUGUCACUUGUUGGAGAGAGACAAUUGAUUUGUUCUGAAAAUGGAUCAUGGAGUGGUAACCCUCCUGAAUGCAAACUGGUCAAAUGUCCAAGUCCUAUAAUUGAAAAUGGGAGGCUGACAUCAAGAUACAGCAACAAAUAUUAUUAUCGAGCAUUGAUCUACUUUGCAUGUAACGAGGGGUAUUACCUUCAUGGGAGCGAUUCAGCUGUGUGUGAGAGUAAUAGUACAUGGCAACCACCAAUUCCAGUGUGCAGGAGGCAGCCACCACCUCCCACUCCACCCCCUCCUACACCCCGUCCCGCACCCCGUCCCGCACCCCCUCCCUCACCCCCUCCCGCACCCCCUCCCGCACCCUCUUCCACACCCCCUGCCGCACCCUCUCCUGCACCCUCUCCUGCACCCCCUCCCGCACCCCCUCCUGCACCCCUUCCCAUACCGACUACCACACCCCCUCCUGCAGUACAUUCCAGGACAAAGGUCUCAUCCUCUAACAAAGGAACAUCAUCUGGUUUUGGAGGUUUAAAUGGAUGGAUCAUUUCUCUGAUAAUUAUGGCUUCACUGGAGUUGCAGUAA